AAAAUGGCAGCCUCCAAAAAAAAAAAGCCCCCAAAAUUGUGUCCGGAAACCGGCCAAAUCACCCUUAAAAAAAUCUUAACGCCAGCGUCCGCGAGCACCAGAAGCCGACGCACACAGCCGCAGCAGCAGCAGUCGCGCACACACGAGCCACGAAGACGAUGGCCACGGCCACGGCGCUCUCCCUGAGCGGCGGCGGGGGCGGGGGCUGCGGCGGCAGGUACCCCGCCACGGUGGCGCGGCGGUGCUGCUGCGCCGUCCCGCGGUCGCGGCGGGGUCCCGCGCCGCGGCGGCGCCUGGGCCUGGCGGCGUCCAGGGCGGACGACUCGUCGCCCGCGCCGUUCGAGAUGACGCUGGAGGGCGCGCUGAAGCUGCUGGGCGUCGCCGAGGGCGCAUCCUUCGACGACAUCAUGCGCGCCAAGAACGCCGUCCUCGCAUCCUGCAAGGACGACCAGGACGCCGUCGCGCAGGUUGAGGCUGCCUAUGACAUGCUGCUUAUGCAGAGCUUAUCACAGCGAAGGGCUGGCAAGGUUGUUGAUAACAGCAUCCGCUAUGCUGACGUCAAACCUGUAAAAAGUGCAGGUUCAGGCACAGUACCACAGUGGAUGCAAGCAACCAUGAAGAACGCACCCGUGACAUUUGAGGCUCCAUCUUCGAGCAGCUUGGGUAUCCAAUCAUGCGUUUAUGGUGCACUGAUGGUUUUCACUUAUGCUAGUGGAAGCGCUACAUCUUUACCAUCAACAUACACUAGCCCUGAUGUGCCUGGAUUUAUCUUAGCAACAGGAUUUGGUGCUUCAUUGUAUUUCCUGACAAAGAAAAAUAUGAACUUAGGUAAAGCGGCAUUGAUUACUGUUGGGGGUCUUGCGGUCGGUGCGACAGUCGGAUCUGCUGUGGAGAAUUGGCUACAGGUUGAUGUUGUGCCCUUUCUAGGCGUUCACUCCCCUGCUGUUGUUGUCAGUGAAUUUAUUCUGUUCUCCCAAUUGUUGGUCUCGCUGUUUGUUAGAUAGGAUUAAAAACAAGUUGUCAGCCUGGCCUGUAAUUAACCGAGAUGAGCUAGCUCCGAAAAAGUCACGAAAAUGCAUCUUUCUCCUGAAGAUGCCAGCAGCUGUGUAUAGCAAACAAUACAUCGACGUCACUAUCCUUUAUACUUUAAAGAUAACUUGUAUCUAGUCUCUUUUCAGUCCAAAUCUUGCUCUUCCUUACUGAAA